AUCUUUUCUUAUUUGCGCCCAACUUUAUUUCUUCGUCUUUACUACUACUCUGUUUUUAUACCCUGCUUUUAAGUUUGAAAAUGGAGCAUUCAUCGGACCGUAGUCGACAUGCACCUUCACCACCUCCUCCUUCUAGCUCAGAAGUCCAUGAAGAUGAAGAAAGUAAUGGUGGCCAAAGAACUGGUCAAACCUUGCUUCACCAGGAGCGGCAGCAACAACUUCUAUCUUCUUCUGGGGCAUCUUAUCAUCUCAAUAUAUCAAUAUAUGAUGUUCCAAGUUUUGAUAGGAUUAUGAAUGAUGAUGUUUGGUCUUGCGGUGUUGUUCUUAUUACAUUUUGUUUUUUGGCAUCCAUGAUUAUGAUUAUGGGUUCUUAUGGAUCUCUGACUUUACAAAUGGGUCCAAAUUCCUCAAGCCUUUUACGCUCUAACUCUUUCUUUGUUCAGUCUGUUCAGUUUGAAGAUUUGGAUAAGCAAAAACCUGGGUUAAUGGUGUAUGGAUUUCACAGACCACCUCCUUUAGAUGUUGUAAUCUCCUGGACUGAAACACAUGACAUAAUUGUACCUGCAAAUCUCCACAAGGAGUGGCUGUUCUUCUUAAACAAAGGGUCUCAAGUGAAUAUUUCAUACAUUAUAAGAUCCGCCGGUUCCUUGCCUUUAUCACUUGUCGUUUCCCAAGGUAUUAAAAGCCUUGGUGAGUGGGUAGAAGAUAUAUCACAUCCCAAUACAAGUUUGUCAUGGAAUAUAAUAUAUGGAAAUGGUGGGAUCCAACAGGAAGUUCCCAAGUCUUCUAAUUAUUAUGUUGCUGUGGGAAAUUUCAAUUCUGAGGAAGUCCAGAUACAGUUGAACUUCUCAGUGAAGGCUCUCAUUCAUAACACAAGUCAAGCGUAUUAUAGAUGCUCUUUUGGAGAUCAUUUGUGUGCUUUGGAGCUUUAUUUUCUUGAAGACAUUGUUGUUGUCUUGUCUUCACCUGCUCGGAAUGAGGAAACUCUUAAUAGUAUCUGGUAUGUUAAAGUAUCUUAUGGACCUCGAUGGAUUACAUACGUUGUUGGAUCAGGUGUGAUGACCGUCCUAAUAUUAUUAGCCUUUAAAUUAUGUAAAACGAACCAGAGCAGAGGCGAACCAAGAUUCCAUACUGGAGAGCUGGGAUCAGAACGAGCACCGUUGCUUCCGGAGAAAGACGAUGACAUCGCAAGCUGGGGUUCGUCUUACGAUUCCAUAUCCAACGAUGAGGACAAGGAAGAUCUGCAAACAUGGGAGCAGGCAACCACUAGUCUUGAAGGAAAGCCUUUGAAGGAGCGGGAAAGAAGCAACAAUGAACCUCAGGGUGCUUGUGUCGUUUGCCUCGAUUCUACCAGAGAUUGUUUCUUUCUUCCAUGUGGACAUUUUGCGGCCUGUUUUAUGUGUGGAACAAGGAUUGCAGAAGAAGCAGGCAGAUGCCCAAUAUGUCGGAGGAAGAUGAAGAAAGUUCGGAAGGUGUUUACGGUUUAAGGCAUGACUUGCACUUAACAAUUUAAGA